GGUCUUAUAAAUACUCCAGACUUUCGCCAGUGAAGCUCAGUUCAUUGAGGAAGAGCGAACGAGGUCUACGAGGCAGCUUACGGUUAUAGACGCCAGAACCACCUAUUUUACUGUUAUAAGCGACCGAACACCAAACAGAGGAAUCAUGUCUCGCAACCGCAACGGAUCUGACUACAACAACUGGCUGAACAGUCUACGGGCUGACUACUCCCGCAGCUUCAGUCGACGCAGACGAGACGAAGCCGAGACCGAGAAACCUCCUUCUUCCGCCAACACCGUCGAGCGCACUCACUGGUACAUCAAGGACAAUGCCAAGAACCACAAGACCAUCAAGUACGACCUUGUGCACGACGAGACGGAGCCCAAGCCCAUCCUCCGCCGUGGCCAGACCUUCUACCUGGCCCUCAGGUUCAAGGACAACUACGACGUGAAGAAGGAUCGCGUUCUCUUGCACUUCAACUUCGGCCACAAGCCCUCGGUCCAGAAGGGCACCAAGGCAAUCAUCCCCGUGGAGAACGACAAGUUCACCAAGACCAAGGACGACUGGGACUGCCGCAUCGACCCCGGCACCCGCGCCCGUGAUCUCGUCCUCCAGGUGUACAUCCCCGCCUCCGCAAUGGUGGGGAUCUGGAGGCUCGAAGUCCGCUGUGGCCUCCAGGACACGACUCAGGGGCAUGGCCAGAACGUCUACACUGACGAGACUGACUGCUACGUCCUCUUCAACCCGUGGUGCAAAGAUGACAACGUGUACCUCGAUGACGACGAUAAGCGCGAGGAGUAUGUGAUUAACGACAAGGGCAAGGUCUACGUCGGCCCCUUCAGCCGCGCGCGUGGACGACCCUGGGUCUUCGGCCAGUUCGACGACGUGGCUCUCCCCGUCGCCGUGUACAUCCUCGAGUUGAGCCGCAUUGCCGACAGCGAGCGCGGAAAUCCCGUCCGCGUGGUGCGAGGCAUCUCCGCAGGGGUCAACGAUUCUGACGAGGGAGGCAUCCUGGAGGGCCGCUGGGACGGCGAGUACGGAGAUGGUGUGGCCCCCUACAAGUGGACUGGCAGCGUGAGGAUUCUGGAGGAGUAUGUAAAGAAUGGCUACAAGCCUGUCAAGUACGGCCAGUGCUGGGUCUUCUCUGCUCUCGUUACCACAGUGUGCCGUUCCCUCGGCAUCCCCUGCCGGUCCGUCACAAACUUCGUCUCUGCCCACGACACGAACUCCUCCUUGACCAUCGACAAAUUCUUCACUUCCGACGGCGAGGAGCUUGAAGGCGGCCCCGACGGCGAGAACUGGGACUCCAUCUGGAACUUCCACGUGUGGAAUGACGUGUGGAUGGCCCGCCCUGACCUCCCUCCCGGCUACGGUGGAUGGCAGGCGAUCGACGCGACGCCGCAGGAGGAGAGCGAGUUGAAGAUGCAGUGCGGCCCCGUGUCCCUGGAGGCCGUGAGGAGAGGAGACAUCGGCCUGAGCUACGACGCGCCCUUCGUGUUCGCCGAAGUCAACGCCGACGUCAUGCACUGGGCGGAGGACCCAGAGAGCGACUGGGGUUGGAGCAGGAUGAAGAUGAACAAGUACCACGUCGGCCGAUCGAUCCUGACGAAGGCCUGCGGAAAGGACGACGACUUCGGCGACACGGACCGCGAGGAGCUCCUCGACAGCUACAAGAACCCUGAGAACUCGGUGGCGGAGCGGCUGGCCAUCCACAACGCCGUCCGGGGAUGCCGUCGGGCUCAGCAGUACUACGAGUACAAGCCCGGACAGAAGGACGAUGUCUCCUUCGACCUCAUUGACAUCGACAAGAUCACCGUCGGGCAGGAGUUCAAGGUUCAGGUGAUGGUCCGCAAUGACUCCGACGAAACAAGAAACAUCAGCGCCUACCUGACGGCUCGCUCUGUCUACUACACCGGCAUCAGCGCUUCCCUCAUUAAGAAAGCUGAGGGCAAGUUCACGCUGGGUCCCAAACAGCAGCAGGAGAUAGCCCUGACAGUGGCAUACAGUGAAUACUGGAAGAAGAUGGUGGAGCACUGCAUGAUGAAGAUCUAUGCCAUCUGUCGCGUCCAGGAAACUGGCCAGACCUGGAGUGACGAGGACGACUUCUCGGUGGAGAAACCCAAGCUUGACAUCCAGGUUGCCUCACAGCCAAAGGUCCGUGUGGCCUGCGAAGCGACCUUCUCCUUCAAGAACCCGCUGGACAUGCCUCUGACCGACUGCCACCUGAGUGUGGACGGAGCCGGUCUCAUGCGUCCGAGGGCCAUCGAUAUCAACACCGAGGUGCCGGCCCACGGAGAGUUCACAUAACAUUGC